CAUACCCGACCAAGAAGCCGUAAAACUCGUCUACUCUCGAAAGGAUUACUCGUCUACGCUUAUCUAUUUGCUGGAACUGGCAUCACUAUUGGAUGUAUUGCAGCAUAUGUAAGCGUCUACUGGUAUCACAACAUUGCUUUCCGAGACCUACUCUUCACCGCUGAACAUCAUUGGAAAGUCGGAGCUGCAAAUUUUACUACCAGUGAUGGUUUAGUCUACGAUGAAAAACAGCAGCUAAUCAUUAAAGGACAAGCAGCAGCUGCUUGGCAGAUAGUGUUGGUCAUGUCUCAGGUAUUCCACCUCUAUAACUGUUCAACCCGGAGGAUUUCGGUAUUUCGGCAUGGAAUUACCAAUGUAAUGUCUGUAUUUGCUGUAAUUGUUGAGGUAUUCCACCUCUAUAACUGUUCCACCCGGAGGAUUUCGGUAUUUCGGCAUGGAAUUACCAAUGUAAUGUCUGUAUUUGCUGUGAUUGUUGAGAUUCUUCUCCUUGUGGCAUUCGUCUACACACCGCUUAUACAGUAUUUCUUGGAUACCCAUGAUCCGCCUGCACACGUUUGGGCGAUAGCUCCGCUUGUUGGUCUGUACAUUUUGGCUUAUAAUGAAGCUCGUAAAUACCUCAUUAGGAAUUAUCCAAAGAGUAAAAUUGUAAAACUUGUGAAAUGGUAG